AUGUCUUCGAUGGAAGAGCGGAUGGAAUUAGGCGUCGCGGCCGCGCCAGGCUCCUCAUCUUCGGGUCUGGGUGUCGGUCCUGUGGGGGGCGCCCUGGACGCUGGCCCGGGGAGCGCAGGACUGGCAGGUAUCCAGGAGGAGUCCGGUGUGCGGAGAGACGGUGCUGGUUCCGAGCCCGACCCGGACGCGCCGCCCAAGAAGCGCGUGAGGCAGCAAGAAGGAGAAGCGGGGAAGCUCGAGGAGCGCCUGUACUCUGUGCUGUGCUGCACGGUGUGUCUGGACCUGCCUAAAGCCUCGGUGUACCAGUGUACAAAUGGGCACCUGAUGUGCGCAGGCUGCUUCAUCCACCUGCUUGCUGAUGCGCGUCUAAAAGAGGAGCAGGCCACGUGUCCCAACUGCCGCUGUGAGAUCAGUAAGAGUCUGUGUUGCAGGAACCUAGCGGUGGAGAAAGCCGUGAGUGAACUGCCUUCUGAGUGCAGCUACUGCCUCAAACAGUUCCCUCGCUCCAGCCUCGAGCGCCAUCAAACAGAGGAGUGCCAGGACAGAGUGACGCAGUGCAAGUACAAGCGGAUUGGCUGCCCGUGGAAGGGGCCAUUCCAUGAGCUCAGCGCUCAUGAGGCAGAGUGUUCCCACCCAUCCAAAACUGGCAUGGAGCUGAUGGGCAUCCUGGACGAGAUGGACCAGAGCCAUCGCAGAGAGCUACAGCUCUACAACAGCAUCUUCAGCCUGCUGUGCUUUGAGAAGAUCGGUUUUACAGAGGUGCAGUUCCGGCCGUACCGCACUGACGACUUCAUCACGCGACUUUACUAUGAGACACCGCGCUUCACAGUGUUAAACCAGACCUGGGUGCUGAAGGCACGGGUCAACGACUCAGAGCGCAACCCCAACCUGUCCUGCAAACGCACGCUGUCCUUCCAGCUCAUCCUGAAGAGCAAAGUGAACUCUGCACUGGAGUGCUCAUUCCUGCUUCUGAAGGGCCCGUACGAUGAUGUGAAAAUCAAACCUGUUAUCCAGCACCAUGUCUUCUCCAACGACGCAAAUGAAACCGAGUACGCCCUGCUGCCCAUCAGCGAUAGCGUGGAGUGCAACAAGCUGCUGGCUGCCAAAAACAUCAACCUCCGCCUCUUCAUCUUUCAGAUCCAGAAAUAGAGGCACGAGACGACAGAGAUGGAAGAAACGGAUCAGAAGACAGUAGGAGGAAGAGGGGAUGGUGUGAACAAAGAAGAAGCAAACAGGGGAGACGAGCACCACUGAACCACAGAUACCUCUACCGGAGCAAAAGAAGGAUGAAUACGACCCAUCAGUACUGCAGUAGAUUGUUUGUUUGUGUGUGAGUGUGUGUGUGUGUGUGUGUGUGUGUGUGUGUGUGUGUGUGUUGUUGCUGGUUAGCUUUCAGAUCCUCUACGGCCAAAACAAAGUCAACAGUCUCACCCAACACCCUGCUGAUGUCUCAUUGGCAGAGCGGGACGGGCCAGAAUGAAAAACACCAAGAGUCCGGGACUGUAUUUGUGUGUUUUUUGGGUCUGUUUGUCUGAAUGUCAAGUCAGUAAAGACCAACAAAGAUGAGUGAUGUAAGGAACAAGGCCGAGCGAGCGCUAGAGAUAGAGACCGGUGUAGUGCAACCAAUCAUUCAGGCAGCGUUCAACUCUGCGUUUGUGUGUUUUCACUCAGUUUUCAGACCUUACUCUCAAGGCUUUCCCACACACACUGUGGCACAGUGGCCACAACUGCU